CAUGCUUUUUAUAUUCCAAUGUGCCAAUAUAUUCUAAUAUAGCACUGUUAUUUCGAGUUUCUAGAUUCCCUCUCUUGAUGAAGUUCCUAAAAUCUAAUUCAAACCUAUGGGUAUUACUAUUAAGACUAAAGUUUACAAUGCUGCAUUCCCUCUACCACUCAAGUGCAUUUUAAGGUAAAAUAUAUAGAGCACUCUCAGGUCAGUUUUUCAUGAAAUAGAACACCUUUUAAUUAAGGAUAUGGAAUACAGUUAUAUAUUUAUAUUGUGGUAUUUUAAAUGACAACCCUAAUGCCAUCCAAAUUUUCUCAAACAUUUUAUCUUUAUUUUACUCAAUAAACAUUGGUAAGAAUUAUAGUCAUAAUCCUAACUGUUGAUUUUGUUGGAACCGUGCUAGUUACACAACCACAAAUGCUGUUCCCUUCAGUCAGUAAAAAUCAGGAGGAACCAAAUCUAACCUGCAAGUUUUCAGUUCCAGUAGUAUUUGAAUUUUUUUUAAUUAGCAAGCCUUUUAAAUAAUCACUCUUUUCAUAAGUGCUCUUGGUAAACCUUUAACAUCCCAUUACAUAAUACUUUAUUGUCUGCAAUUUUAAGCUUUACAAAUACUUGUGAUUCUCAAAGAGGUAAGUGUGAUAACUUCAGGAACAGCAACAUUAGUUGAGUUUUUCUUUCUCGUUGCAAUAAUAAGAUUGGGCUCUAGGCGCCGCUGUUCACCAAUUAGGGAAACGGGAAGCUGCGAGCUAGAGUCCCUCCCUCCCCUACCUCUACAACACAAAGCAGAGUGAAGUGGAUACUCACAGAUCGUGAUGCUGGAAACUUAAAAGUACUUCUCUUCGCUCUCUAAUAUAUUUUGGAUGUACUUGGCGAGUGACUGUGUAGAUGCAUAAGCUGCAUCUUAGAACCAAACAGCUCAAGAAACCGCGGAAUAUAGGCUCAGCCACUGCCAUGGCGAAUCGGCAACUGCUCCUGGACCGCAGCGGGCUGGUCCUACUGUAUAUUUUCCUGGGGACGCUGCGGGAGUCUGGGGCUGGGCAGAUCCGAUACUCGGUGCUGGAAGAGACAGACAAAGGCUUCUUCGUGGGCAAUAUUUCCAAGGACCUGGGGCUGGAGCCCAGGGAGCUGGCGGAGCGCGGAGUCCGCAUCGUCUCCAGAGGAAAGACUCAGCUUUUCGCUCUGAAUCCGCGAAGUGGCAGCUUGAUCACUGCUGAUAGGAUAGACCGGGAGGAGCUCUGUGAGGCGGUUUCCUCCUGUUUUUUAAACCUGGAGAUACUUGUGGAAGAUACCCUUAAGAUUUACGGAGUGGAGGUGGAAAUAAUGGAUAUUAAUGAUAACGCCCCCAGCUUCCGGGAGGAGGAAGUAGAGAUAAAAGUCAGUGAGCAUGCAACUCCGGGAUCGCGAUUUCCUCUUCCUAAUGCUAGGGAUCCAGAUGUGGGAAUGAACUCCCUCCAGCGCUACCAGCUCAACCCUAAUAAUUACUUUUCUUUGCAAGUGCGAGGCACAACGGAUGGGGCCAAGAAUCCUGAGCUAGUGCUGGAGGGGAGCCUGGACCGGGAAAAAGAGGCUGCUCACCAUCUCCUCCUCACAGCCUUAGAUGGAGGAGAUCCCAUCCGCCAGGGCACUGUUUCCAUCCGCGUGGUGGUUCUCGAUGUAAAUGACCAUAUCCCAAAGUUUACACAGUCUGUAUAUGGAGUGAGUGUUCCUGAGAACCUCAGCUCCGGAACUCGGGUGCUUAUGGUAAACGCAACUGAUCCAGAUGAGGGAAUCAAUGGGGAAGUGGUAUAUUCAUUCCUGAAUAUGGAAAGCAAAGCUUCUGAGAUAUUCCAGUUGGAUUCUCAAUCUGGAGAAGUCUUAAUACAAGGUUCUCUGGAUUUUGAGAAAUACAGAUUCUAUGAGAUGGAAAUUCAAGGCCAAGAUGGUGGAGGUCUCUCCACCACUGCUAAGAUGUUGGUCACAGUUGUGGAUGUGAAUGAUAAUGCUCCAGAAAUAACUAUCACAUCUUCUAUGAAUUCAGUGCUGGAAAACUCUCCUCCAGGUACUGUGAUUGCUCUUCUAAAUGUGCAAGAUCAAGACUCCGGAGAAAAUGGUCAAGUCUCCUGUUUCAUUCCUAACAAUAUGCCUUUUAAAUUAGAAAAGACUUAUGGAAAUUAUUACAAGUUGAUAACAAACAGAGCACUGGACAGGGAGCAGGUACAGAGCUAUAAUAUAACAUUGACAGCCACAGAUCGGGGAAGUCCACCCUUGUCUACAGAAACUCAUAUUUCACUGAAUGUAGCAGAUGACAACGAUAACCCGCCCACUUUUGCUCACUCCUCUUACUCUGCCUACAUUCCUGAAAACAAUCCUAGAGGGGCCUCCUUCUUCUCGGUGACUGCACUCGACAGGGACAGCAAAGAGAAUGCCCGGGUCACUUAUUCUCUGGCAAAGGAUACCCUCCAGGGAGCACCUCUAUCCUCCUACAUCUCCAUAAACUCAGACACCGGCAUUCUGUAUGCACUGCGCUCUUUCGACUAUGAGCAAUUCCAUGAACUGCAGUUGUGGGUGACAGCACAUGACAGUGGGAACCCACCGCUCAGCAGCAACGUGUCACUGAGCAUAUUCGUGCUGGACCAGAAUGACAACGCACCCGAGAUCCUGUACCCUGCUGUCCCCACAGAUGGCUCCAUGGGCGUGGAGCUGGCACCCCGCUCCGCAGAGCCCGGCUACCUGGUGACCAAGGUGGUGGCUGUGGACAGAGACUCAGGCCAGAACGCCUGGCUGUCCUACCGCCUGCUCAAGGCCAGCGAUCCAGGUCUCUUCACGGUGGGGCUGCACACGGGCGAGGUGCGCACAGCGCGGGCCCUGCUGGACAGAGACGCGCUCAAGCAGAGCUUGGUGGUGGCGGUCCAGGACCACGGCCAGCCCCCUCUCUCUGCCACCGUCACACUCACUGUGGCCGUGGCCGAGAGCAUCCCUGACGUCCUGGCUGAUCUAGGCAGCCCUGAAUCUUCCGCCAGCCCCGACGACUCAGGCCUCACACUCUACCUGGUGGUGGCGGUGGCUGCGGUCUCCUGCGUCUUCCUCGCCUUUGUCAUUGUGCUGCUGGCGCUCAGGCUGAGGCGCUGGCACACGUCGCGCCUGUUCCAGGCUUCAGAAGGCGGGUUAGCGGGUGUGCCCGCCUCUCACUUUGUGGGCGUGGACGGGGUGCGGGCUUUCCUGCAGGCCUAUUCCCACGAGGCCUGGCUCACCGCGGACUCGCGGGGGAGUCACGUGAUCUUCCCGCAGCCCAACUACGCGGACACGCUCCUCAGCCAGGAGAGCUGUGAGAAAAGCGAGCCUCUUUUGAUAGCUGAAGAUUCAGCUACCGGUUUAGGCAAAUGUGAUCCUACCAGUAAUCAGGUGAGAUUUAUCCUGCCUCCCAACUGUUGAUAUCUCUGCACAGGUCUUUUAAGUUACUUUUUUCCGAGCCUGUUAUAAAAACUGUUUGGGGUGGAGCAUAUGUUCUUAUAUAUUUAAAGCGAAACGUGAGUUUCUGUAAUUUACCUUUCAUCAAUUUUCAGAAAGGUUUUGUGAAAGGCUUUUUUUUGGGUCUUGUCAGCUUCUUUUGUUUGUUUCUUUGUUUUAAUUCAAAGGUCCAGUUCAGUUAUCAUGGCUUGCUUUGUUGUAAGUUGAAUUUUAGUAAUAUUUUUCUAUCACCAGUGUCUGACUAUCAAUGUAAACUGGUUAUGAUUCAAAUUAAUGAUUCAUAAACAUCAAUUCGACCUCUUAUUGCCUCCACUGAUCUAUAAUUACAUUCUACCAUUAUUUGUUUUACUUCUAAUGUUCACAUUUGAGCCUGUUGAUUCAAUAGCCUACUUACUCUAGCUCUUUUUCUAUAAUACAUAUGCACACACAUUCACACAUAUACACUUUUACACACAUACGCUUCUCUCUGAGCACAAAACAAUUCUGUUUUGAUUUUUGGUGGCUGGUAAUACAUUUAGAUCCUGUUGAUUAUUUCAAUUUUGUCUCAUUUAUUUACCCCACCAAAACAAGGCCUACUGACUACCUUUUAGAUAUGAGGGUCUCUUGGGAGUGGAAAUAUAGAGCACACUUUUUCGUCUUAAGUUCUAGACAUCUUUUCUACUUCUACAGUGAAGUCAUUAGAUUGUUCUGAAGAAAUAGUUGAAUUGUAGAACUGGUGUUUUUCUUUUAUUCUUUUACUUGUACUUUAGCGUCUGUGUAUUGUUGAAGGUUUUUUUUCGUUUUUUGAGGAACACGGGCCUCUCACUGCUGUAGCCUCUCCUGUUGCAGGUUUUUUUUUUUAAUGUAGUAAA